UGAUGCAGCAGACCUCCCGCAUCAUCUCUGCAGCUCCUCCUCGUCGCCCAUCUGCACUGGAGCACCUGCUCUGUGCAAGACUUUCAAAGCCGCCAUCGCUGGGAUUUAACGAAACAUUAGAUUUUUCAGGGAGAAUCGCAGCUUUCGGGUUCAGGAGGAAUAACUAUGAGGCGCGACAGGGACCGCGAACGGGACAGGAACCGGGGUCGGAACCAGAACAGGGAGCGAGACGUGAAGUCGUCAGGGGCGGCCCCAGCCGGUUGGGGUCUGGUGGCUCCGCCUCCCUUCCAGCAGCAGCAGCCGCCGCAGCAGCAGCAGCAGAUGAACCCCUUCACCAACCUGCCCCACACGCCGCGCUACUAUGAGAUCCUGAAGAAACGGCUGCGGCUCCCGGUCUGGGAGUACAGAGAUCUCUUUACAGAAAUCCUGAUGCAGAACCAGUCCUUGGUGCUGGUCGGGGAGACGGGCUCCGGAAAGACCACGCAGAUCCCACAGUGGUGUGUAGAGGCGAUGCGUUCGCUGCCAGGACCGAGGAGAGCGGUGGCCUGCACCCAGCCCAGGAGGGUGGCGGCCAUGAGCGUCGCCCAGAGGGUGGCAGACGAGAUGGAUGUCAUGCUGGGGCAGGAGGUGGGCUAUUCCAUCAGGUUUGAGGACUGCAGCUCUGCCAAAAGUGUAUUAAAGUACAUGACAGACGGGAUGCUGCUGCGGGAGGCCAUGAGCGACCCCCUGCUGGAGCGCUACGGCGUCAUCAUUUUGGACGAGGCCCACGAACGCACAUUAGCCACGGACAUCCUCAUGGGGGUGCUAAAGGAAGUGGUCCGCCAGAGGCCCGACCUCAAGGUCAUUGUCAUGAGCGCGACGCUGGAUGCCGGGAAGUUCCAGGUCUAUUUGGACAACUGCCCGCUGCUGACCGUCCCCGGACGCACGCACCCCGUGGAGAUCUUUUACACACCGCAGCCAGAGCGAGACUACCUGGAGGCGGCCAUCCGCGCCGUCAUCCAGAUCCACAUGUGCGAGGACGAUGAGGGCGACAUUCUGCUCUUCCUCACUGGGCAAGAGGAAAUCGACGAGGCCUGCAGGCGCAUCAAGCGGGAGGUCGACAACCUGGGGCCCCAGGCCGGCGACGUGAAGAUCAUCCCCCUUUACUCCAGCCUGCCGCCGCAGCAGCAGCAGAGGAUCUUCGAGCCGCCCCCGCCGCGUAAACCCAACGGAGCUAUCGGGAGAAAGGUCGUCGUGUCAACAAACAUCGCCGAGACGUCCCUGACCAUCGACGGAGUGGUGUUUGUAAUUGAUCCCGGAUUUGCCAAGCAAAAGGUGUAUAACCCGCGCAUCCGAGUGGAAUCCCUUUUGGUCACAGCCAUCAGCAAGGCCUCGGCUCAGCAGAGAGCCGGUCGCGCCGGACGAACGCGCCCAGGAAAGUGUUUCCGCUUGUACACGGAGAAAGCCUACAAGACGGAAAUGCAGGACAACACAUAUCCUGAGAUCCUGAGGUCUAAUCUUGGCUCCGUGGUGCUGCAGCUGAAGAAAAUGGGCAUUAAUGACCUCGUGCACUUUGACUUCAUGGACCCUCCAGCCCCAGAGACCCUGAUGCGAGCGCUGGAGCUGCUGAACUACCUGGCAGCUCUCGACAACGACGGUGACCUGACAGAGCUGGGCUCCAUGAUGGCGGAGUUCCCCCUGGACCCCCAGCUCGCCAAGAUGGUCAUCACCAGCUGCGAAUUCAGCUGCUCCAAUGAGGUCCUCUCCAUCACCGCCAUGUUGUCAGUCCCACAGUGCUUUGUUCGACCCGUGGAGGCCAGAAAGGCGGCCGACGAAGCCAAGAUGGCGUUUGCCCACGUCGACGGAGACCACCUGACGCUGCUUAACGUGUACCAUGCCUUCAAACAAAACCACCAGUCCACCCAGUGGUGCUACGACUGCUUCGUAAACCACCGCUCGCUCAUGUCGGCGGACAACGUGCGGCAGCAGCUGUCGAGGAUCAUGGACCGCUUCAACCUGCCGAGAAACAGCGGCGACUUCAACAGCAGAGAUUACUAUGUCAACAUCCGGAAGGCGCUGCUCACCGGCUUCUUCAUGCAGGUGGCUCACCUUGAGCGGGCAGGCCACUACCUGACGGUAAAGGACAACCAGGUCGUGCAGCUGCACCCCUCCACCGUGCUGGACCACAAACCUGAGUGGGUGCUCUACAACGAGUUUGUACUGACCAGUAAGAACUACAUCCGUACGUGCACCGACGUCAAGCCCGAGUGGCUGGUGAAAAUUGCCCGGCAGUACUACGAGAUGAGCGACUUCCCCCAGUGUGAAGCAAAAAGACAGCUGGAGCAUAUUAUUGCAAAACUCUCAUCCAAGGAACACGCUCAGUGCUAAGACGGCCGGCGAGUGCGGCGGCGGCCUCCUCUGUUCGAAUGUGGACUCAUUUCUGUGUUCUUUUGUCUUUUUAAUCCCCACAAAGGACUCAUUUUUCUUCUCACUGCACCAAAUGCUUUCUCCUGAUUCAGGACUCAUGUCUUGUUUUUAGUGGAGUUUUGUUUAAAGAUGACUGCAAACAGGCUAAGUACCUUUUAGUUGUAGCUGGUUGUCAGGAAAUGUACGUUGCCUGCCCCGAUGCAUGGUACCCGAUGUGCAUUUCAGCAUCCCGUCGUUUACACCUGCUUCAACGCCGCAGUGUAUGAAGAGCGGCUUUUGAUCACAUGUAAUCAGACAUGUUUCAACGUAAUAUUCAUCACAUUUCCCAUCAGCUGUUCAGUUUAAUAAAAAAAUUAAAAAAAUGCGUUGCUAAUAA